AUGGAAACAGCUGGCAACAAUUGUAGUGUGCCGGAAUUUCCACUCCUUAACAAAUUCUGUAAGCCAAAAAACAGUGCCCAUUCUAAUGACCCGGAUCACACCUUUGAGAUUCUAGCAAACCUUCACAGGCUGCUUCCAAAUAAUCUGAUGGAGAUGCUUUAUUCCUACAAGAGUGAAGAGGACCAAAAGAAAUGUGAGGAUCCUGAACUCUCUGGCUUAGAAAGAAUUUUAGCAAGACAUCAUUUUCCAGAAGAGAUUAACCUGACCCCAAAGCCAAGCAGAAUGAUCACACAGAAAAAAAAAGCCACCAACAUUAUAAGUGACAGGUACAAAUGCCCCCAGUGGAACAGAAGCACGAAAGACCCUCCAAUGGCCACCAUUAUUGUCAGAUGGCUGAAACACAACGUGAAAGCCACCGAAGAUCUCAAGUUGGUGAUCUAUCGGCUGUCAGCGUUUGGCACAAUCCAGUCAGUCACUGUGUGUGGACAGCAAACCGCAAUAGUGGCGUACAAAGAUAUAAUUUCAGCUUGUAAUGCUGUGAGUGCUUUUGGAAGCAGGAUUCCAGGCACCAUGAUCCAGUGUUCCUGGCAACAAAAAUUCCUGAGGCAAGAUAUAUCUUAUUCAAGAAACUAUUGCGAGAAGACACAGCCAAAGGAACAUGAGCAGGAACAGUGAAAAAAAGCCCAAAGAUAGCAGAGGGACCACCAACAGGUACGUACUGGCGGCGGCCAUAGCUCCGUAGGUAGGGUGCCAGCCACACACAUGGAGGCUGGUGGGUUUGAACCCAGCCCUGGCCAGUUAAAACAAUAAUGACAGCUGCAACAAAAAUUAGCCAGGAGUUGUGGUGGGCGCCUGUAGUCCCAGCUACUAGGGAAGCUGAGGCAAGAGAAUCACUUAAGCCCAAGAGUUUGAGGUUGCUGUGGGUUGUGAUGCCACAGCACUCCACCAAGGCUGACAUAGUGAAACACUGUCUCAAAACCAAAACCAAAAACAAAAACAAAAAAUGGUGCAUACUAAACUGGCAAUGAGCAGCGUUUAAGUGCUUAUUUUCAGAAACAGAACAGUAGAUGUUGUUAAGGGUUCGAACUUUAGGCUCUGGUAUCAGACUACUCAGCAACUUAGGGAGAGUUUCUUAUCUUCCCUAUGCCACAGUCUUGUCAUCUAUAAAAUGAGGAACAACAGCCCCUGUAUUACAUGAAAUAUAUUUAUGAUAUAUAUAAAAUGUGUAUUAACCGAAUGCCUACUACAUAGUGGCAUGCAAAUAUUCAGCAUUUUUAAGAUUUCCACCUUUUAUUAACUUCUACAGGAAUCAUAUCAUGUACUAACAAAAGACGCUACUAGGCAUUUUUCACCAUUGCCUAUAAUACAGAAUGGAUAAAACAGACUAAUACUUUGUUCACAUGGGUUAAAUAUUAACCCAUCAUUUAAUAUGGCAUUUAUUCAUGAAACCAAUAAUGAUAAAUCCUACAUAAAACCCAAUCCUCUCCACAGAUUCUUCCUUUAGUCACUCUCCACAUCGAUGCUUGGUUUAAUUCAAGUGGGUAUGCUUUUUACCAGAGAUCUUUAUUUGACAAAUAAAUUUUACUUUGGAUCAAAAUUUUAAAGCAU